AUGGAGGAACACACAUCACACGCACAGAAUGUUCCCUCACUCUUUGCUGGUUCCAGCUUGUUGCUGUUUCUCACUGUGCAGGACAGUAUAGACAGACAGAAGCAAAGUGGUGGAGAGAGGAGGACGGGAUCACGAAAAGUCCUUGAGUCGGGACUCAAACUCGGGUCACCCGAAGAGCUAUUGCAUUACGUGUCAGAAUUUAUUAUUUUUUAUUUUCUUUUUUUUAACCAGAUCCUAAGCACUGGAGACUGCUGGACCGGUUCACAGAAGCAGCGUCAUAAAAGGGAAUGGGUCGUCCCUGCCAAACAGCUUACAGAAAAUGUAGACUAUAGUCAUUCGCCCAAAUUCACCAAGAUACGAUCUGACAUUGAUGAGUUUGUGAAGCUGCGCUACACUAUAAGAGGCCCAGGAGUCAACCAGCCACCUGUUGGUUACUUCAUUUUAGACAACCAAGAGUGGGUUUGCAUCACACGGCCUCUGGAUCGUGAGGAGAGACAACACUACACCCUUAUUGCCACUGCAUGGUAUCCUAACAACAGCAUAGCUGAAGAUAAUAUUAAAAUAAACAUUGUUGUGGUGGACCAGAAUGAUAACCCACCAGUUUUCACCAAGCCAGAACGAAUCGGCAUAUAUGAGGGGAGCCCAGUUGGUACCUUUGUAACACAAGUUGUGGCCACUGAUGCAGAUGAGCCAAACACUGAUCACACUAAGAUAGCGUACAGCUUGAUCAAGCAAGAGCCAAACAAUGACAAGCUUUUCUUUGAUAUUCAUAAAGACAAUGGAACAAUCUCUGUAAACAACCCAUCACUUGAUAGAGAGGAGCAUAAAUCUUUUGUUCUCACGGUGCAAGCUGCUGACAUGUAUGGAAGUCCUAAAGGAAAUUCUGCUACAGCUACUGUAUUUAUAGACAUCCUGGAUGUCAAUGACAAUAUUCCCACUUUGGAGAAGGAUGAGUUUUCAGCAAGUAUUGAUGAGAAUGAGGCACCUGUUGAGGUUAUGAGGAUCCAGGCGCUGGAUAACGAUGAAGAAAGGACAGACAAUUGGUUGGCUGAGUUUAAAAUAGUCUCGGGGAACGAGGAUGGACGUUUCUCUAUUCAAACUGAUCCACCUUCCUCUCUCCUCUAGCCUGUUGACUUUGAGUCAGGAUCUGAUAUGAACCUGAACCUAGUUGUUGCAAACAAAGCUCAUCCAGGAGCACCUCUAGAGAGUGGAGCAGGAGCUUCUGGAGCAGGUGGUGGAGCUGGAGCUUCUGGAGCAGGUGGUGGAGCUGGAGCUUCUGGAACAGGUGGUGGAGAUGGAGCUUCUGCAGGUGGUGGGUGCUCAAAACAAAAGACUGGAGCUUCUGGAGCAGCUGGUGGAGGAAGUGUGCUCAAACAAAAGACAUACCCAGUGAGGAUCAGUGUCAAAAACAAACCAGAAGGCCCAAAGUUCAAGCCAAAGAUCAAGCCUAUAUCUGUAUCUGAAAACACCAAAAAUUCUGUUCCAAGAGUAAUUGACACCUACACUGCUAUAGAAGAAGACACAGGCAAAACAGCGGAAAAAGUCAAAUAUGCAAAGGCAUAUGACCCUGACAACUGGAUUUCUAUUGAUACGGACACGGCUGAGAUAAAACUGAACAAGGUACCAGAUCGUGAGUCUCCAUUUGUGGUAAAUGGGACCUACUAUGCCAAGAUCCUCUGCAUUACAGAUGAACUGCACUCUCAGACAUCUACAGGGACUAUAGCUUUGCAGGUGGAAGACCUGAAUGAUAACUGCCCUAAACUCCUUAAUAAUGUGCAGACUGUCUGCCAUGAUACCAGAGUAGUCAAUGUCACAGCAGAAGAUGAAGAUUCAGAUCCCAACGGAGCUCCACUAGAGUUCAGUUUGAUACAAGAGAAGACAAGGGGCAGAUGGAACCUGCAGAGAAUAAAUGAUGUAAGUGUUUCGAUGCUCGCUGAAGAUGACUUAUGGCCUGGUUUUUAUGAAGUCACCAUGGAAAUCAGAGACAAGCAAGGACUGGCAUGUCCUGAUGAGCAAGUCCUCCGUUUAGAGGUUUGCACUUGCUCCGAAGGAACGUUUUGUGCUUCUAAACUGGCUGCAGUACGCACUACAUCAGCCAGUCUUGGAGCAGCAGGAAUUGGUCUCCUGCUUCUAGGAUUCCUCUGCAUAAUCUUGGCGCUUGCAGCCAUAAUAAAAUGUGAAUGUGGGAAUGCUGGAAAACAUUUUACUGAUAUGCCAUUUGAAACCAAGCAUAAUCUUAUGCCCUGUAGCGCAGAAGGGAAAGGAAUAGCUGGGGAUGUACUUCGGAUGAGCAUCCCAGCAAAACUCUACAAUAAGGUAACCAAUUCAAACCAGGCUGUAUGUAACAGUUCUAAAAUGGUAGGAAUGAUGCAGGAGAGUGCAUUUGGAGGUUUUUACAGUGACAUUGAUGGGGAAAACUCUGUCAGGUGGCAAGAAGGACAAGUCUCACUUGAUGCAUUUCUAAAAGAAUACUAUACACAAAAAUCCAGCUAUAUAUUGGAUAAUGAUUCUCCAAUAAAAGGACUGCAGCACUAUGGUUAUGAGGGUGAAGGAUCUGUUACCGGUUCCAUUGAGAGCUGCAGCUUCAUCGAGUCUAAUGAUGAUCUGGAGUUCUUGAACAACCUGGGUCCAAAGUUCAACACCUUGGCUAAGGUGUGUGGAUUCAGACAGACCGACCCAAAUGUUGUUGUUAAUACUGUCGAGACAACACCAAACGCAGAUGCAUCUUCCAGUCACAUGACCAACAUCAUCCAACCCAGUCCUGAGGAGAUACCUGUUAAAUCACCACUUGUCCAACCUGCACCUAGUAAGGAAGUUGUCAUACAGGAGCCUAUGUACUAUGGGUUCAACCAACCAAUGGCAAGAAAUGUUGUGCUGUCAGAGGAUGGGCUUGGGCAAGGUGUGUACAUAAUUAAUGGAGCUCCAGAAGCUGAGAGAAUUCUGACUCAAGGUAACGGCCAUACACUUGCACAUUUAGGUAGUGGACAACAGGCUGUUCUAGCAAACAACAUCAUUGGUGAUUCCGUCUUGUACUCACAAAUUGGACCUCAAAGUCCAGUCAUGAUUACUGAAGGUUUAGGUACAUUUAAUCCUGCUGUAGUCCAAACCCUUUCACCAACUCAAAACCUUGUAAUGAUGCCACAGCAACAACUAGAUGGAAUUGGUUCACUGCAGAUGGUAAGAGUACCCGUGGAAUCGGUUGUAUCAGGAGAGAAUGGGCAGGGUAGAGUAACUCUUAUGGAUGGCUCAGUCAAUGGAGGUAAAGUGUUCGUUGGAGGUCUAGGUCCAAGUCAUCGUCCCAUGAGCCCUCAACUAUUGUACCAAGUAGGUUCUCAAGAGUUGGUUGCAGGCCCAGGUCAGUUUCCUGUGUCUAUGAGCACAGGAGCUCCAAAUUUAGUGAGACUGACUCAAGUUGCAAAUGGUCACUUGCCGAGUGUUCAGAACAUUGUAUCAGGGGAAGGUGGACAGAGUAGACCAUUGGUUAGUGGUCCCACUAUUCUAGAGGGUCCAAGUCAGCUUCCACUUGCCAUGAGUCCAGGAGUACUUAGUCCUUUCGAACUGCCUCAGGUAGCAAACAGACAAUUAUUCCGUUCUACAGUGUCCAGAGUUCUGACGUCAAUGGCUAUGAUGCCAAAAUCCAAAGGACUUGCAACAAAUGGGCAGUUGGAUGUUGAGCAGUGAUCUUGUUUUUGGUCUAGUGGCAUUCAUUCUGCAUUAAUUUGCAGGAUGGGAUUGCUCACAGAGAAGCACAGAAACUAUUUUAAGCAUCAGAUGAAUUAGAAGUUCUCAAUAUUAAAAUGACAGCAAUAAGUGAGUAUGAGCAUUUUUGAGAAUUUAAGCUUUUUUUUUUUCAAUAUUUACUUGGCCUGGGUGACCUAUUCAAAGGCCAAUAAUGUUAACAUGUUGCCUUUUGUUUUACAUUUUAAAGCUACAGAUUAGAUUUCAACGAAACAGUUUACAAAUUAGACAUACAUUUUAUAGGGCAAUAAAUAACUUGAUUAACAAUACAUAAUUUAACAAUUUAAAAUCAUAUCUUUAACUAAAAUGUAUAUGGUAUACGGGUAUAAAUAGUAGGGAGGAGUCAGUGUUAUGUCCUGUGGAAAAUUAUACCACAGAUACUGCUAUAUUUAAUAUUUCUUUCAGUAUUUUAAAAUGUGAUUUCUCUUGGGAUU